AUGGUUUUGGAAGCUGGUUCAAAUCCGAUAGAAACAAUUAAACACCCUGGGGAAUUCGACACAAUGUUGAAAACAGUUUUAUAUUCUAAAGAUUUCGAUUCAGUCUCGGGUUGGAUACCCGAUGUUGGCGAUGGAAGUGUUUUAAAAGAACCGGUAAGAAAUCUUGCAAAUGAUGCGGCUUUAGCCAGAGUGAGAGUUGUUGCUCGAAACACAAUAAAAAGAGUGGCACGAGCAGCUAGUCCUGGAUUCGAAAAACGAGUACUUCAGUAUAACAAUGUUGUUGAGAAUAAUAAUAGAGAAAUCAAUGAUGAUCAGAUAUUCUUUGGAGAGAAUGCUUCAAAUUCAAAAUUAGAAAUAACGAAUCUCCAACUUUAUAUACCUGUCAUAAAACCACCAAUUGAAGUAGAAUCGAGAACAUUCAACAUGUUGACUAAAGAUAUUGAAAUAGCCUUUCUUCGUCGUAACACGAAAUGGUCUACCACUUUCCGCUUUAGGAUAUUCGCUGUCUAA